GUCUGAGUUACCAAAAUGCUUUAUGCUCAAUGUGGACUUGACUUGUAAAAGAAGUUAUGCUAGUCAAUAUGCUCACAAAGUGAACAGGAAAUCAAGUAAAACAUUUUAUGAUAUUUUAGAGGUCCAUCCUUUAGCAACACAAUCAGAGAUAAAGUCUGCAUAUUAUGAAUUAUCACUAAAGUAUCACCCUGAUGUCAGUAGUAGUGAUGARGGAAAAGAACAUUUUACAGAGCUKACAAAGGCUUACUCAGUUUUGAGUAAAAUAGAAUCUAGAAGGGAAUAUGACAAGGAAAUUGGCACUUAUUAYAUGGUGAGAAAUCAUCCCAAAAAGAGUAGUGAAAAAGUCCUAAGACUGAUGGAUGACUUGGUGGAAAUAGACAUGAAACACAUUAAUAAGCCGUCUACAUUUCUACACAAUGCCAUUGCAUUAAGCACUAUUCUAAGAAUUCCUAUUAGACUGAACAAYAUCAAACACAAAACUGGAGCUCAAUCCCAUGAUAUCAGGAUGCUGCAACUGCUUAGGAAGGUCUCCAAUGGUACUUUAGUGGCCAACAAAGGAUCUUCUACUGUAACCUUUAUWCCUAGUGAACUACAGAGUGGGAUGUUUAGCAUGGAAGCAGGMCGGUUUGGGAGUAUAAGUCUAUUAAUAGAAUCAGCUUUGCCUUGUCUAAUGUUUGGACCAUUGCCAGAGUACAGCAGAACCAAUAUAUUGAGUCUUAAAGGAACUACUCAUUGYAAUUAUGGCCUUCAUAUGGAUUUCAUGGAAAAAAUUUAUAAACCUUUAAUGAACAAGUUUGGUUUGGACUUUGUUAUGGAAAUGAGAAAAAGGUCAUACAUACCACAUUGGGAUGGUAAAGUAAUCCUUAGGUCUCUUCCAUCAACACAUGUCCAAUCUGCYACUCUGACUGACAUUGGAUGCCUWAMGAAAAUCRCUUGUYUGUGCUCUGUGGCAGGUUCUAAACCAGUCAGAGUAGCCCAAGUCAUGGCCAAGAAAGUCUCACUGCAGCUGAAAAAGAAAUUUCCUCGUAUACCUGURAUAGUUGAUUCAAUCAGAGAGCGUGACAGCAGAAGUGAGGGCAAUGGUCAGGCAAUGAUAAUUGUUGGUGAGACAUCAACAGGGCAUACUAUAGGGGGGACUGCUUUAUGGCAAAAAGGAAUGACUAGAGAUGAAGUAGUAAGCAAAGCUUUUGAAAUGUUCACAAGRCAUAUAGACAGUGGCAAUUAUGUUGAUGACGUUUUACAAGAUAAGGUCAUCCUGUUAAUGGCUUUAGCCAGUGGUCGUUCUACUAUUCGCACUGGACCCCUCUCWGCUCGCACUUACGCUGCGAUUAGUGCUGUAGAAAUACUCUCCGAGGUGAAGUUUGAUAUAACGAAAGACGCAAACAGUGUUUUGAUAUCUUGUGAAGGACUUGGUCUAACCAAUGACUAUUUGGACGGUGAUGUGAUGCAGUGAAUGUCACUAUUAAAUUACUUUGAUGUGG